AUGGCACACCACCGGAUCCUCGAUCUGGUCAAAACCCAAUGUCGCAUCUUCUCCCUCAAUUUCAACCCACAUCGACUCCGACUGGGAAAUAAGAUCCUACGACAACGCCUUCGGGGGCCGAGCCUUGCGGCAUGGUAUCCCAAGAAGACCGUCUCUUUCCGAGACUUGCAGAACACAUAUAAGCCCCUCGGCUUGACCACCUUCGAUGAGCUGGAAGAUGACAGAGAGGAAGCCAUUCAAUGCGAAAUUACGAGGGAAGGGCAGACCGAAGAAGAAAAGAACCGCCGAAGAGUCGCGGGCGGCGAAGAAGAAGAAGAAAUAGUCAUCACGCCAUCGUGGGCUUAG